UUCUUAGGUUUGGAAUGGGGGUAUUUAUCCUCGGACCUUAGGAUGGGGGGAAAUCUUUUAUGUGGUUCUAUCUUGAGAGGAUUUCUUUGGGGAGGAUUUGACUUAUGCAUUUGUUUGUCAAUUAUCUCGCAAAAUAAAUAACUUGGUAAAUUGGUCUAGAAUUCGUUUUUAACCAAUGAUGGCUUUCAAUUGUUAAUGUACCUAGUAUUCUCUCUUAGUAUUUUGAGGAGGAUUUUUGAGGAAGAUUUUUUAAUUAUCAGAUAUUUAAAUAUCUUGUUUUUAAUUUUUUAUUUUAUAGAUGUCGAGGUUUUAAAGACGAAAGUGAGUGAAUUGGCUACACGAAAGGAGAUGCUUGAUUUAUUUGCUCAAAUGAAUUCACGACUCGACAGUAUAUCAAAUAACAAGAUCAGUUUGCUUUGGCAGUGGUUCUUUGGUUUUUUGACAGUCGUGGCUUUAUAUUUUUCUAUAUUUAAGCGAUGA